CUUCACACCGCCGAAGACAACACUCUUAAAUCUUAAAUCAACUGAACUCUCUAUUCUAUAAACCUUUUAAAAUAAUUUAAACGUGGUAACGUGGCAAAAUAAGAAAAGACUGCUAGAAAAAUUAAAUAAUCAAAUUUUUGCCUACUAGUGCUAAUGACUAAUAUUAUAAUUAUAUUAUUAUUAUCUAUAACUAUUGACAAUUGACUUAAUUAAUGAUGGUCCAUGCCAUGGCAUUUGGCUCAUUUGGUUUUUGGACCUCUUAAUUUGGUUUUGUGGUUUAUUUAUAAUUUAAUAUUAAAUUAUUCAUUUAGAAUGAGUCAUUUCACGUUCAAUCGGGCAUUAACUUAUUACAAACUGGGCCCUAUUUUUUUAUAUUUUCUUGUACAUCUUCAUCUAGGUUUAUAUUUAUAAAGUGUAUAUUAGUAGUAUAUUAGAGCAAAUUUUAGUACUAUUAGUUUCAUCAUUUUCAUUAAUGAUAAUGUCAUUAAAUUAUUGAAUGAUAAUUUAAUUAAUUUUACCAUCAAUCAUAUAAAAAAAUCAAUGAUUAUAAAUAAUUUUAUAAUCAUUGUCAUGUUGAUGACUACUUUGUUCUAGGAGGGGGAGCAUUUGAGUUUGAAAGUUAGUCUACCUGACUAUUAGUAAUGAAUUUGAAUUAUGUUUAUAGUUCAUUAUUAACUUCUUUUUUCAUAAAAACAUUAAUACUAUUAAGAUAUAUAUUAUAUAUAUAUAGGCCUAUAGAUAAUGGUAGAUAGCCAUACUCAAGUGUAGGCCUACUUUUUUUCUUCAGAGGUGUACAGUACAGAUCAGAGAGGUAUUUAUUAUAUUGGCAUUCAUAAUCUAAUUCUAAUAGAAAAUGUCAACCAGCUCUGUGGAAAUCUUUGGAGGUGUUGAAGGGUGAGAACAGUUGAUAUAUUCACAAUAAUUUUAAUUUUAGUAUUUGUAAUAUCUCUCAGUGAUUUGUGUUGAUUGGAAUUGAAGAUGAUGAUUGAAUGGCUUUUAGGAUUCAAUCUGGGAUAUUUAUAAUUUAAAAAGAACAACAACCUGAACACAACUUUAUUUUUGCUUUUGAAAUCACAUACUUUAAGAAAGCUAUUACUAUAUUUAUUCAAAUAAAAAAGGGGGAACAGUUAUUGGAAAGUUGAUAGCAAAAACACUAAUAAAUUCUUCAAAAUGUGUGAGCUUCAAGUGUGAUGUUUAAAACUUAGCUUUUGAUAAAGGUUAUCUUAUUAAAAAUAAGGCUAAAUUUGAUAUAUCGUUUAACACACCCCCGCCCCCCAUAAAUACUGUCCUUUUUCUAACACUUCAUGAACAUGCACAAUAUAUAUACUUAAUUAAAAAUUUGUGUAUUUUUUAAGUAGCUAAGAGUGACUAGCCACUAGUACUAGGAAUUUUAUCAAAGUUAUAAUUCUUUGAACAUUAACCAGUAUAAUUUAUUUUCAAAUUGAAAAAAUGUUACAAACUAAAAACUACAAGUAUAAAUAGGGAAAAAUAGGUACUUCUUCUGUAAAAGGCCAUACUAUCAUCACAAAUUAGGUGUCUUAUAUCUUAUAUAAAAUAUGAGGCUCAUAGCUGUAUACAUAACAUUUUACCUUUCAUUAUUUAACGAAAAAAUAUUAUGGAAAAAUUUUAGGGUGGUGGCAGAGAUUUGCAAAUCUUUAAGGUGAGGGGAGGAUGUCAGUUUUUUCCUGCGGAUACUCUUGUGUUAUUGCGGUAAAGAGAUGUUAAAAAAAUGACAAGACCUCUUUCUAUGUAGAAGAAUGCUAAGUAUGUGAAUGUGUUUAAUCAAAUGUAGCAUUUCAUGUGAAAACAUUUCAGAGGAGCUUCUAACACAAAGUUUGUCCUCAUGAACUCUGAAGGGAAAGUACUUUCUAUCAGCCAAGGAGAAGGCACCAAUCAAUAUGUACGUAAAUUAAAUUUUUGCUCUGAAAACAUUUUAAAAGUGUAAAUUCGGAAGCUAGCCAAAGCACCAACUUUUAAUAUGAUCAUGUAAGGUCAUCAUUUUACUAUUUAAAUAAUGAGGAAAAAACCGCACUAUCCUAUGGUGUAACUUAUGGUGCCACCUAUAUCCUUCACACCUAUGUUAAAAAUGUUGUUUACAAAAUUAGUACACAAAUGAAAGCAUUUUUUUCCUUCAUUUUUACGGGAGGAAGGGGGUUUGGGUGUAGUAUCGAUUUUGUGACAACAGGUCUAUGAUUGAAAAGAGUUUUAAUAAAUGUGACAACAGACUAAAUUAACAUGCUCAAUUCACUAUUUAAACAAAAUUAAUUUUGGAUCUAUGGUGAUAUUCUUCAAGAAAUGGUGCCUCGUAGACAGAUAAUAGUGGUAAUCUUAAGGUGCAGUAGUAACAUGAACAAUUACGUUGGGGUCUAGCCCCUUCCCCACUAUGAGGUAAUAGCCGCAUUUUUCUGUGUGCACCUUGGGAGAAGCUAAAUUUUACAUAAUGGUGAGUCCAAUCCUUGGAAAAUAGUAGCAAAGGUGGCAUAAGAUAUAUAUCACUACUUUUUUUUAACCUAUGUUUAAAACAGCCUCACAUUACUUUUGGGAGGGGGCUGUGUCACUUUUUUUUUGCUUCCUCAUUCCCUUUUUUCAGAGAUAACAGUUAAUAUUUUUCCGACUCACAACUUUGGGGCCCCUGAAGCCUCAAGGGUUGUAAGGCCCACACGAUGGCCAGAAUUUACAGUUAAAUAUUAUGUAAAUAAGCUCCGGGCAAGGGAUGAAUAUAAAAAAUGAUUAACUUUUUAAUGGCAACAGCCGGUCUGUAAAUGCUGUAAUGCAAGUGUUGAAUUUCAUCAGUCAAUAGGGACUUAGUGACAUGAAUUUUAGCUUUUCACAUGAGAUUCUUACAGAAUAAUAGAUUUGAAUUUGAACGUUGUAGAGUCUGACUUUUUUUGUAUUUAUAAGAGUAAGCGGCACAAGCAUAUUUUGGUGGGGAUUUUAGUGUGUUUCUAAAAUAUUUUUUUAGGGAUUUGUUGCUUCCAUAGGUUUUUGUGACAAUGUAGGGUCAAAGACCCUAGAUUUUUGUGACAAUGGAGGGUCAAAGACCCUAGAAUUUUGUGACAAUUUAAGGACAAUAAUCCUAAGUUUUUGUAACAAUUUAGGGACAAAGUUGUGCUAAUAAUGCAAUAAAUAAGAAAUGAUGCAUAUUAUGUUUCUUAGAGUUCUGCCAUUCCUCUUGUCACUCUAAGUAACUAGAAUAAUAAAUUUAUGAUACCUUCUUGUCUGUUAUGGUUCAUUAUUCAUUGUUAACUUGAGAUAGUUAUUAUCACAUUUUAACCUGUUUGAGUUAGCUUUCUUUAUUCCAUCAUCACAAGCAGCAUACAAAUUUUUUAUUUGUUUAAAAAAAAAGUUAAUUGGUGUGGAUGAAUGCCUCCGAAGGAUCACUGCGCUUAUCAAAGAUGCCAUCCUGAAGGCAGGUUUGCCAGAGGACACCACACUUUAUGGACUGGUUAGUUGACAACUGUUUCUUUGAUUUCAAGGGUCUAACAAUUUUAGUAAUAAUAAUAAGAUGGUUUAAAAAUAAAAUAUUUGCACCCCGCCACUUCUGACUUAACAAAUAAUUUAAAAGAUGCUUAUUUUGUUUCAGGUAAUUAUAAAAAAUUUUUUUUAGUUUCUUAAUAAAGAUGUUGAGGGGGAUUGAGAAAUACAAACAAAAAGUCAUGGAUGUUGUUUGCUUAUGCUCUGUAAUGGGGAGGGGGUGGGGGUGGGGGGUGGGGUCUAAGAAAGUGUGACAGUUUGUGAUUUGGAGUGUUUAUAAAUCAUAUGUGAACUAAAACAUACAAUUUUUAUUAUACAUUUAAAAUCUGAAAUUGAAAGUGAUGUUUAUCUUCUGUUGUAAUGGAUGUAUUCUGGCAGAAGAUGUCACUGUGUGAAUUUUAGAUUAAACUUUAAUUAAUUGUUUAAUUAAAAAAAAAAUUUUUUUAGUGUUUUUUUACUUGACACAGGUCCAAGAUUUGUGGCAGUGUGGUGAAGAGGGGGUGUGGGGGGGGGUUUGGGAUGGGUAACAUUGUCCAUAACAGCUUGACAUACUUCAUGGACAGCCAUCGAGUCUUAAUUGGCAUUUGAACCAAUUUUAUUAUUUUAAACUGUAAAUAAUUGAGAGGAGAAUUAAAUUCAAAGAUAAUAUCUCAGCAACAGCCAGGUCAAAAGUAAAUGGUUCUAACCCCCUUUUACAUUUAUAAAAAAACUGCUUAGCAAAUUCUUUUCAGAUAUAUAAUUUAAAUGAAAAAAUUGAUAAUAAUUUUUAACAACAUUAAAUUUGAACUGCCUUUAUUGACCUCACUCAACAGGGUAUGAGUUUAAGUGGGGGGGAUGAAAAGCUUGUCCAAGAACAAAUCAAGGAGGCUGUGAAGACCAAUUAUCCUAACCUCACUAAACAUACUUUUGUUGGGAGUGACACACAGUCUGUCCUGGCUUCAGCAUUACCCAAUGGUCUGUGCCCCAUAGGUUUAUCAAUUAAUUUGGCUAAUGUUUUUAAUAGUUGACUAAAUAACUUAAGUAUUAUUUUGUUUAUAGUCGAAUUAGUACUAGUACAUAUAAUAUUAAAGGUUAGUUAAAAUCAUUAUCUUUUUGUUUCUUUGCAAGGCAAUCAUUAAUUAAUACUGAAAAAUCAUACUUGAUCCAUGUUCCCCUUCAUGUUUGACAGAAUCUUACUCAUAAUUUAAAUCUAUUAGUAGUAUUAGAAAAAAAAAGUAAAUCAAAAUCAUAUUCUUUAGAUAUUUAUUGUAUGCAUUCCUUUUAAUAAAAAUACAAUAAGAAUGUCAUGUGGCUAAAGAAUGUUUUUUUAACAAAAAAUGAUGGUGCUCAAGACAUUGCACUUAUCUCAGUUAUUACCUGCACAGGUCUUUGCUUUUAUUUAACAAGUUUCUUUUAACUCAAGAAGCUUGAGAAUGUCUAAAUUGUAUGACUGGAUGAAUACAUAUUUAUGACAUUUCAAACCAUAAAUGUUUUUAAACUUUGCACAGCAAAUAAAAUAAUGAUCAAAAUUAUUGUUCAUGCAGGAGGUGUGGUCCUGAUUGCUGGUACAGGCUCAAAUUGUCAGUUGAUAAACCCUGAUGGCACCAUGGCUAGAUGCGGAGGCUGGGGACAUCUUAUUGGAGAUGAUGCCUCUGGUAAAAAUUCUCAUUGUCUUCUGUGUCUUUUCUGGCUGUGUUGAGAUGUACGAGACUAAUGAUGUUUGAAUUAAUUGGUCAUGAGAGAACAGAUGAUCAUGUUAGGAUGAUUUAGACAUAUUGGACUGAUUAAUAAUUUUGGGCAAUGGCAAAAACAAAUCCGAAGCUCAUUCAUGUAAACACAAGAUUCAAUCGACAUCUUGAAUAGACCCAAAAUUUAUUACAAUGUUUAAAUUUUAAAAUUAAAAAAAAAUUCUUCAUAUUAACUUCGCUUUUGUUUGCGACUGGCAUGAUGGUCGGAAGGCUAAUUGACCCACUUCCCAUCAACCCAUCAAGCUGAAACUUGGCACACAGACUCAUUUCCGAUGACAACGGAUUCUUUCAGAUUUUCAGCCCCGCCCCCUAAUCCCAACCCCCAAAAAUGAGUUUUUCCUGUUUUUCAAAGGAAAUAUAAGGACAAGGUAUGGUAAACUUGAAUUCAUUGACAGGACAAAAGAUUGACGUUGCGGCUAAGAGCCUUUAUCAGAAAACAAGACGAAAAAAUAAUAAAUAUCAGAUCUUUUGUCCUGUCAAUGACUUCAAGUUUACCAUACCUUGUCCUUGUAUUUCCUUUCACAACUUGAAUGCAGUCUAUCAAUUAUUAUCUUUUUUUCAAAGGAAUGAUGAAGGAUUUAUGAUUUCAUGAAAUAAAAUUCUCAAUAAUUGGGCUAAAUGAGAUUCUUUAAAAAAAAAAUGUUACAGGUGCGUUUGGUGCAUAAUAUAUUCUUUUCUUUUUUUCUGAAAUAGUGGGUGAAAUAAAUCUGUGGUGUAAAAGAGGGUUGGUCAUUAGAAUAUUAAUUACUAGUUAUAGCCCGCCAAACAUUGGCGGUAGCAAUGCGUGAACUUCCCAUCUACUAAAUUUACUUGACAAAAACGUGAACUCAAGUUACGCACACAUUUUAUUUCAUGCCAUGAACUAUAUUAAUAUUCACUUGUCCCAACCACUUUUAAACCGAAUAUUUUUUACACAAUACUUAACUUGAGACGAUUUCCUUUCCGAAAAGAAAAUAUAAUAUUACGUCCCAAACGCAAUUGCGUUAUUAAAAAUCUAUAUAUAUCAUUUAGCGUAGUUAUCAGGAAUUAUAUUUUGCGCGUUAGUGAGCUCAUUAUUUAACCACACUCUGGCGUAUCUAUAUAUAGCCUGCGUGGUGGUGUUUGACCUUUGCUGGCGAAUUAUAUAUAUAUAGAUAAUAAGUUUACCAUACCUUGUCCUUGUAUUUCAUAGAAUAUUAAUAUAAUUCAGGGCAUGGAAAAAAUGUGCAGUUGCAAGUUUGUGGGGAGGGAACUCCAAUAAGGAUACUUAUAAACUGUGUUACUUAUAUGCAUUUUUUAAUAAAAUAUUCAGCUCCCAACCACCCAUUGCUCGAUAUUACAUUUUAUUUAUAAAGGAUUUAUGUGAAAAACAGUUUUUUUAGGGGUUGUUUAAUUAAUUUCAUUUGUUGACAAAAACCUGGAGUUGGAGUCUUUUUAUUAUAAAUUAGUAUAUAGACAAGGCUUGAUGUUAAUCAGAAGUGUCCACUACAUCUUGUAUCAGAAGUGUCCACUACAUCUUGUAUCGGAAGUGUCCACUACAUCUUGUUGUAUUUCAAUGUCUAGAAGCAAAUGGCAGUUAAUAGUUGAAGCAGUUUAAGAAAAUUUAAAUAAUUUAGAUAUGAAUCCUAAAAAAAUGUAUCUGUAAAUGUUUUAAGGAACUAAUUCAUGGGAUCCUGGAUAUGCACUAAAACCAAUUCAUGAAAUUAAUAUAAUUUUAUCUUUUUCUUUAGAUACAAGACAUGGUUUUAUUUCUACUAUUGAUAUUUCUAAAUCAAUUUUGCAUAGUUUUAAUUUUUUUAUCUACAUUCAGCAAUCUGGAUUACUUUGAAAGCUAUAAAAGUUUACUUUGACCAUGAAGAUGGCUUUUUGCCCUGUCCACAUAGCACUGCAGUUGUACGGGAAACUAUAUUUAACUACUAUAAUGUGAGUACUACUACUAGUCAAUAGUUUGAGUGGUUCUCAAAAUAUUUUUAAAAGCUUAGACUUAUUAUUGUAUCACCAUUCUACAACUGACCCCAGGGUGACAAAGGUUUCAGAGGGCUUAAAUAAUUGUAAAUAUUGUAUGUUUACGAGCAGUUAGUUUCAAUUUUAGUUUCACAAAUUGUAUUUUAUUUACAUUUUACACAUUUAGGAUACUCCAGAUAUAUCAUCAAACAUAUGUCCAGAAAAAAACAACUAAUAAAUAACUUUAAAUGAUAAUAAAUAAUGUCCCAUGGUGAUUCCUUUCUUUUAAUAUUUUUUCAACUGCAACAUUAUUGUAUGUAUCUAUGUAAACAAUUGCUUUCAUACUUUUUGUGUGGCAAUAGAAAGAAAAUAAUUGAUUCAUUUUCUAAAAUCAGAAAUAUCUAAGCUGCUAAAGUUUAAUUUAUUUUUUUUUCCCCUUCCCUAUUUAGAUACAAGAUCGCAGUGGUAUUCUGGAUCACCUCUAUACCAAUUUUAAUAAAGCCAAAUUUGCUGGAUUGUGUAAAGAAUUAGCGGAAGGUAUUUAUUUUUCAUGUCUUUUUCAUAAAUUAUCCCCCACAACCCCACCCUUAAAAAACUUGCACCUCUUAAAAAAAAAACGUGAGUAAAUAUUAUUAUUAAACUAAUGACAGUAAUGUAAUAUUUGUAACUUAAAUACUCUUAUUGCUAUUUCUUUUUAUAGUUUGUUACGCCCAUGAAAUUGAAGAAGGUUGUUCCAAUGAACAUAUAAUAAUAAUGCGUAAUUUAUUAAAUUAUAUUGCCAUUGUAAAUAUUCAUUUUUAAAUUGGUCGAUGGUUUAUAAUAAUCUUCAAUCUUCAGGUAAUAAUUUAGAUUUUUAGAUAUUUGAGGUACCACAAACCAAAGAUUGCCUAUCUCCUCCAGCUAACAGCAGACUAUAGUUUGGAGAACACUGUUUAUCGUUAAGUUCUAUGUAAAAGAUUUUCGCACAAGGAAAUAUUACCGAUAAGCAAUCAUACAAAACAAAUAAAAACAGUUUGUCCUUGCACAUUACACCGCAGACAUUGUAACAUUACCAACACCAUUAUGUGAUCUUUUUGUUUUGUGAAAAGAAAGCCUCAAUUUAAAAAUAAUUAUAAAGACCAGGAACUCUAUAGCUUAAGGCACGCAUUAGAAUUAGAAUUACUUAGAUUUUGAAAAAUAUUAAUGUUCUGUGAUUUGUUUUACUUAUGAAUUGCUUUGAUUGUAACAUAUUUCAACUUUUAUCUCCUGCUUGAUAAUCAAGAGAUUAUUUUAUACUUGUACAUUUAUUUGUUAUUUUACUUUGAGCAUUCAAGAAGUUACCAAUUAAAAAAGUCUCAAAGUCACCUUACUUAAUGGGAAAUUUUAUAUUUAAUUGGACAGCUGGCAUUGUGAAGAAAGAUCCUUUGUGCUGUGAAAUUUUUAAGGAGGCUGGUCGACUUCUAGCAAAACAUUUGUAUGGAGUGUCUACAAAAAUGCAUAAGGUACGACACAAUAUAUGACAUUGGACAAGUAUCGGACAAGUAUCUGAUACGUUAGCUGUCUUACAAACACCAUAAGGUAUAGUAAAUUAUUUUCUUUGCAUUGGAGAAAUAUCUUAAUUAUCUUAAGAAGACCCUUAUGCAUUUUCUCCAUCACUAUUUCAAUUACUCUUCAUUUUACUAAUUUGCUAUAACUUAAUUGAGCAUUUUAUUUUCACAGGAUUUGAAAGAGAGAGAGGGAGGCUUACCUGUGGUGUGUGUCGGGUCAGUGUUUAAAAGCUGGCAACUUCUCCAACCUGGUAAAUAGAUGUCUCAUCAACAAUUCUAAAUACAGUGUUUGCAUAGUCUUAAUGGGGGCUAUUUACCACCUCUGUGACAUAAAUGUAGGGUAUCAGGCCUAUUCAUCACCUCUUUGACAUAAAUGUAGGGUAUCAGGCCUAUUCAUCACCUCUGUGCAAAAAAUGUAGUGUAUCAGGCCUAUUCAUCCCCUCUGUGCAAAAAAAGUAGUGUAUCAGGCCUAUUCAUCACCUCUUUGACAUAAAUGUAGGGUAUCAGGCCUAUUCAUCACCUCUGUGCAAAAAAUGUAGUGUAUCAGGCCUAUUCAUCCCCUCUGUGACAUAAAUGUAGGGUAUCAGGCCUAUUCAUCACCUCUGUGACAUAAAUGUAGGGUAUCAGGCCUAUUCAUCCCCUCUAUCUCUAUGACAUUGUUUUGGCUUACAACAGCUCCAUCCAAUAUCAACUAAACCUGUCAACUUGCUUAGUUUUUCUUAAAGUUUUCAUGUUUAACCAGCUAACUUAUUGUUUUAAAAAAAAAAUAUGAAUAAAAUAUUCCAUCUAUGCCAAGGUUUUGUUGAGGAGAUGAGUGCCACGUUGCCAGAGACCGGCAUUAGAGAAGUCACGUUACUUAGACUUAACUCGGAGGCCAGCCUGGGAGCUGCGGCGUUGGGAGCAGAGGCGGCGGGAAAACAACUUCCUUUAGACUACGCCAACAAUGCUUCAGCUUUCUUCCACACUAAAUUUACAGAAUCUUAACGAUUAGUUGCAGAUUUAAAUGCUUUGACAAUUGAAUAUGUUGUUUUAGUUUUAAUGUCAGUUAAAGAGACAGUAAAUGGUAACUGAUGCUUUGCCGGUAUGGGAUAAAUUGCUUGAUUAUUAAUAUGUACAGGUUUUAAUGGAUUCUUUUAUUACUAUCAUUUAUUUAUUAUUAUGAAUUUGUUGCAAUCAGCAAGACUAUGACAUGUAAGCUCAGGUCCUAUGUGUGUCUGGAGUUAAAGCAUUUUUAUCAUCAAUGUUGUUGUUGUUGUUGAGCCUUCUCGUCCAUGAGGGGCAUCCACCGAUCAUCAUCGGCGGUUCCUCCAAGGGCAUAGACCACCUAUGAAAGACCUCCAGGCAUCUCUAUCCUGGGCCAGUUUCUCCAGGAUCUUCCAUUCAUGGCCAAUUUUCUUGAUGUCUGUCUCCAAUUCUCGGCGCCAAGUGUUUCUUGGACGGCCUCUUUUCCGCUUACCCUGUGGGUUCCAUUUCAGGGCUUGCUUUG